UUCAGCAGCAGCAGAGGAGCUGUGAAUGAGCAGACAUUAAUAUCCUACUCUGUUUUAUAUCACCUCCUGUUCUUUUCCUACAGGACAAAUAUCUUCAAGAAUGAGAAUCCCGGUGUUUCUGCUGUUUUUGGUGUUCACCAUGUGUUCAAUUCAGCUAGUUCCUGCUAUGCCUGCUAUUCCAGAGUUUUGUUGCAUCAAUUUUAUUGACUUCCCAAUUCCAGCCAACAAAAUUGUGAGUGCUGUGAUAACGCCUUCACGUUGCUCUUCAAAAGGCAUUAUGGUUACUACACCAAGGACUCAAUUUUGUGUAAAACCAGAUGAGGACUGGAUAAAGCCUAUAAUGGAGAAACAGUAUAAACGCUAAUAGGAAAAGGCAAUUUUGUAUUCUAUUUGUAUGUAAUUCUAUGUAAUCACGUAUUCUGUAAUCUAAAUCGCAUCUUAAUGAAAUAAAAGACCAA